CGACUAACCGUCGUCGAUGCCACUGCCGCGCCGCCCGGCCCGGCACAAGCUGACGACUCUAUUGCGAAAACGCCGACUGCAAACUCACUGCCUCUCGGAGCUGCUGGCUGCGGAUGGCGCUUGAACUGGUUCACUAAGAUCCAAUGCAGAAGCUGACAGCCUGACCGACGGACCGAAGGACCGACCGACCGGGCCAGGCAGCACUGGGCCCGAACUGCCACCAGCCAGCCAGUCAGCCAGCUAACCGGACUGAAUUCGAUAAUUCAUUUCAAUCGGCAACAACACAAAAAUCGCAGUCUCAGUCUGUCGCCGUCGUCGUCGUCGUCGGAGGUCUACUGGUAACAUUCUGUCUGGGUGGUUGCCAGUUUGCUCAUAGAGGGCACUGAGUUCGCGCGCGUCCGCUAUUUGAACCCCUUGAGGUAUCGCGAGGUAAGGUCUUCGGUGUUUCCGGUUGAGUGAGGGGGAAAUGCGACAAGCUAAGUUUAGUGAAGCAGAAGGGUGAUUAUUUUUGGCGGGAGCCUGAAAUUCGACCUGUGUGUGGAAAGCGUGGAAUGUUGCAUUUGGAGCGCCCGAAUCGAUACCGGGCAAUCUGGUGAAAGUCGAACCCAUCCCCCGUGCCCAUCAUCAGAUCUUAUCGUGUGAUUUGUGUGGUGUUUGAUCUGGUCCGGGAAAAACAAGAUAAGGCCAUCGUCCGUGUCGUCCGCCGCGAUAUUAACGUCACCGCGAAAUUGAUGACGAUGGUACGCAUUUUAUCAACUGUUCGCCGGGAAAGGGGACGGCUCGUAAUUAUGUGAACCAGUUCGCGACCUGAAGGAAAAUCGGAGGGCGUCUGUCCGCAAUAUGCUCUCACAGCGCUGAAUGACCUACCGAAGGUGUUUGUAAACAGGGCUGAAAAGUGUUCAAACAGCGUCGAAGACUUCGCACAGUAGUGGUUCGUGAGUGAUUAGAGAUCUAGCAGCCUCGGGUAACACACCCAUGUGAGUGAGUGAACCGAUUUUGGGGAGGAGAGCUGCUGAAAUCCGCCCGAAGCCAAUGAAAAAGCAAUUUCGAAAAAUUAGCUCCCAUUAAUUUAAAGUGAUGCCGAGAGGUUCCCCGCCAAUCCCGCGUGUCGUACCGACGUAGAUCUGUGGCGUCUACCCAGGCGACGUAACGUGUAUGUGCGCGACCCGCUAUCGGCACCAACUAUCGACGAUCCAUUGAUCAUUCUGGCCGAAGUGUGUCUGGUGUCGCGCGCGGUUGAAGUGUUGCAAACGUGAUCGCAGCCUCCCGAAGCGCAAAGCGUGAAGUGCAAAGUGUUCUGAAAAAGAGCAGAUCAAGUCCCGAUACAGCCGGGGCUGUGGGGAAGCGACACAUUCGCGUAUCGCGCUGAAGUGCACAAAUCGAUCGUCUGUGAGAGUGCGUCGUCUGCUAACGGAUCCGAAUAUAAUCAAAUUAUAAAAUAAAAAUCGCGUAAAUAUUGAUGAAGUGCAGUGAAAUGUGAUCGCAAAUUAUCAUCGCUUGAAUUGUUCGUAAAAGUGUGUGAGGAUACCUGCCAACAGCAUCGUCAUCAGGUGUAUCGACCCAACGUCGUCAUCAGCUAGAGGCCAAGUCAACCAACUGUUCAACGACACCAUCUCUCUCCAAAGUGCGAAAAUAAAAACGAAAUCCCGCGUUCGCGUCCGCGUCCGUGUCCGUAUCAACCCGCGCGUCGAACGUCCAAUUUUCGGAGUAAUCAUCGGUAAUUAACCCGUCCAGUUCGGAAAACUUGUUUGCCGCUAUUAAUCACGGAAUGCCGUCGUAGCUGCUUGACAAAAUUCCACCACACCUCGAUUCCGAGAGGUAAAAUCGACCGCAACAUGUAGUCCCCGUCGCCGUCCUCGUCAUCGUCCUCCUGAUCCUAGCCGAAGGAGCGCGUGAAGUGAGAUUUCAAUUAAGCUGCUAAUUUAUUUACCAUAAUUAUAUUGGAUGUUUAAAUUUCCAACUCGUUUCUCCGGGGCCACUUUACUGGAGCUGCUCCAGAGGAGCGCAUCGCAGCUCGCAAUGUGAAACCAUCGGACCGUGUGCAUUGGUCACACCCUCGCUUUUCCCCGGCCUAGUGUAGUGUAGUGUCGUGUGGGGACAAGCCCGUGUGCUGACAGACGCCGAGCGCCACCACCACCAAGCCACCCACCGCCAAUGAAGCAUGGAAAAACAAGUGGCCAUAAUCAACGGCAUCCAGCCGGGAAAAACAACAACAGCCUGAAGGUAUGCAAUUUGCUGGUGAAACGCGCCGGGAAGAAACUACAGCAGCCAAGUGAAAUUGCAUUAAGAAUAACGUCCUUCGAGUUCUCCAGUAGCUCCAGAAGAAACGUGACUCCCACACGUUAGAGGACUACGGGAGAUUCGUUCGCCCGUGUGCCGAGUGUUUGCUAUACAAAGGUAGUUCCGAGGAAAGUCAAUUAAAGUAAAAGUUGAUCUUAUUUAUUAGUCGAGUUUCGGUGCGACUCUUGUGCUAAAAUGAAAUUACGGUCCUAAGGUUCUUGAAGGUAUAUUCAAAGUCGUUGAAGAAGCUUUUACGAUGCCAAAAGUAUGUGACAAAAAUGUGUUAUUCGGGUGGAAGCUGACUUGGUAAUUGCGUUCAGAGUGUGAAGAGUCCAUCGAGAAAGCAUUUUACGAGGAUAAGAAUAACGUGCCGAUAAGCGCUUUCUAGUGGGUAAAUACUAACAAAGAAGAAAAUAACAACCACGCGAUUUGCGGUCUUUGCGAAUACUAAACCAACCGAUCGAUAUAAGCCGUUGAAGAUUUUUGUUACCAACUCUCCAUCUUCUCAAAAAAAAAAAUAUGGCCGAAUCCAGUGGCAGUACCAGCAGCAGCAGCGAUGAAGAGCUAGCUCAGGCUGCUGCCACUGCUUCCAACCGAGAAGUGGGAAGCGACCCAUCCGAACCUAGACCAUCGGUGGUGGCGGCAACAAUAGCAGCCGCCAGCAGGGAACGUGGACCCGCCCGGUGCCAUGAGUGCUACGGAGACUGCCUGGAUUGCGGCGGCGGUGGGGGAGCAGUUGUCUGCUGCAAGGAUACGGUGCACAAGUGCCACUCGGAUCCGCUGAGUGCCGGCGGCCGGAUGCUGACGGGGAAGAACUUGCUGACCCGGUCGCUCAGGUAUGCGCCCGGGCCGGCCACUCGGAAGUGUGUUCUAACCCUGGACGGGUACUCGUACGUAAUCGUGGCAAGUUCGCCCGAGAACAAAUUUACCAAAGAUGAUCUAGCCGCGGUAGCGCCCCGUGAACAGUCGCCCUGCUACGACGCCACGUGUCAAGGUUCCGCCGCGACUUCCAGUUACGGUGGUGCUUGUUCGUCGUCCUCCGGGCCACAACAACAGCAGCAAUCGGCGGCGGUGGAGCCACAAUCUCCCCUGCAGCUACAGCAACUGCAACAACAGCCGAGGCCCCCAUCAGCAGCGACAUCGGCUUCGUCGUCGUCGUCCAGUUGUCUACCGCAUCAUCAUCAUCAUCACCAUCACCACCAUCAUCACUGUCAUCAGACACCGCCGCCACCGCCGGGACCGGGGGCAUCUUUCGCAGACUGCAGUUCACGUAAUGGACAACUUGCAAAACAAGGCAGUCUGACGAUCGUGAGACGCACCAACAGUCGAAAAAACACGCACAUCCUGCAGCAGCAGGCACUUCAGCACCAGCAAGAGCUACUGGAGUCUGAUUCUGACCAGCAGCAGCAACUGCAAGAGGGGGACUAUUCCCAGCAGCAACCUCUAUCGGAGAGUGAACUCGCGUUCGUCAACAGUCAGCUCAGUCGGGAGCUCGAAAGUAUGCAGCCAACAGCCGGGUCCGGGUCCGGGUCGCCGCCGUCCAGCGCCGUCGUGCACCGUGCCGAUACGCUCACCGGGGAUGAGCUGGAAAAUGUUGACUUGGCCACAGACAAUCUACCAGCGGUCGAUACACCAGAUGCAUGUGAUAAAGCCGCACUAAGACUUCGCUGUCUUUUGCGGCAACUGCAGCGCGGAGAAAUAUCCGCCGAGCUGCUGCAGAAAAACCUUCAUUACGCUGCACGCGUACUUGAAGCAGUUUUCAUCGACGAGACAAAUCAGGACGAGUGCAGUGGCAGUGGCGGCGCGAACUCAGCCAACAGGGGGACAGGUGGUGGUGGUGCUAAAACUAACAACGUCGGUACCGUAGGAGACAGUAGCAACGUCAGCAAUCCGACCAGUAAGGAGCCCCGGCGGGGUGUCACGACUUCGGCCCCGCCCACCCACAGUGGGCCCACGGGUCCACCGAUCGGAAAAACCGUCAUACAGAGGCGAAAACUACGCGCACCGGUUUGGGCCAGGCGCCUAGCUGACGAGGACGAUGAACUAUCGGAGGUGCAACCGGAUGCCGUACCGCCGGAGGUGCGGGAGUGGUUGGCGUCGACAUUCACCCGCCAGCUCGCAACCACCCGGAAACGGUCGGACGAGAAGCCCAAGUUCCGCUCGGUGGCGCACGCCAUCCGGGCGGGAAUCUUCGUCGAUCGGAUCUACCGGCGCAUCUCCAGCACGGCGCUCAUGCAGUUUCCGCCCGAGGUGGUCAAGGUGUUGAAGUGUCUGGACGACUGGUCGUUCGACGUGUUCGCCCUGGCCGACGCCGGCAACUGCCAACCGGUCAAGUACUUGGGCUACGACCUGCUCAACCGCUACGGCAGCAUCCACAAGUUCAAGAUUCCGCCGGCCACGCUGGAAACGUUCCUAUCGCGCAUCGAGGAGGGCUACUGUCGCUUCCGCAAUCCGUACCACAACAACCUGCAUGCCGCCGAUGUCGCACAAACCGUACACCACAUCCUCUGCCAGACGGGGAUGAUGCACUGGCUGACCGAUCUCGAGAUCUUCGCCACGCUGCUAGCGGCCUUAAUUCACGACUACGAGCACACGGGGACGACCAACAAUUUCCACGUGAUGUCCGGAUCGGAUACAGCGAUGCUGUACAACGAUCGUGCCGUGUUAGAGAACCAUCACAUCAGUGCAGCGUUUCGGGUGCUGAAAGAGGACGACUGCAAUGUGCUGCAGAAUCUCUCGAAGGAGGAAUACCGCGAGCUGCGCUCACUGAUCAUUGAUAUGGUACUAGCGACCGAUAUGUCGUUCCACUUUCAGCAACUGAAGAACAUGCGCAACCUGCUAACGCUGGCCGAGCCGCAGGUGGACAAGUCCAAGGCGCUCUCGCUGGUGCUGCAUUGUUGUGAUAUUUCUCAUCCGGCCAAACGCUGGGACAUCCAUCACAAGUGGACAAUGCUACUGCUCGAGGAGUUCUUCCGGCAGGGCGAUCUCGAGCAGGAACUCGGGCUCCCCUUUAGUCCGCUGUGCGAUCGAAACAAUACGCUUGUGGCGGAGUCUCAGAUCGGUUUUAUCGAAUUUAUCGUCGAGCCCAGUAUGGCUGUGUGUGCCGAUAUGUUAGAGAUAGUCUUAGCACCGAUAGCACCAAUCGCAAUGAAUAGUAGUAAUAGCAAGAAUAACAAUAACAAUAAUACUAGCAUUAAAGGAAACAAUACUCUAAGUGUACCGAACAACAACAACAACAACAGUAGCAGCCACAAUAAUACAAGCAAUGAAGCAAUAACCAAUAACGGAGGCACUGCAGGUGGCGGCAGCGGGGGUGGUAGCGGAGAAGCGGGAACCGGAGAUAAACCGAAGCCUGACGUUAAGAAUGGCGCAAAACCGAACCGGUUCGAAAUUAAGAAACCGUGGAUCACCUGUCUGGCGGAAAACAAGAAGAUUUGGAAGGAACAGGCCCAAAGAGAUGCGGAAGCUCGUGCUGCAGCUGCUGCUGCAGCGGAAGCCGCUGCAAACGCCGAAGAAACAGAGCAGGCUGCCGAGGGUGCCCCGGAGACUGAUGACCUGGAGUCACAAGAAGCCGGCAAAGAAUAAAUUGUUUUCUACAGCAUCCUAAGUCACGAUACGAGAGGACAACUACAUCUAACUACUGUAACAACUACUACUACAGCAACUACUAGAGUGUUAGUACUGAACACGAACCCACAUAGCCAGAGACACUUUUCUAUUGCAAAACAAAAAAAAAAACAAGCCCUGUAAGAACCCCUGGAUCAAAUAAACCGCAACCGCAGAUAGAUCAGUAAACCACCCACACAAACAAGUAGUCGUCUUUUGAUGGUAUUUUUGUGCGCGUAUGAAAAUCAAGCCAACGGUGUCGUCCGCCAGCCGGGGCCGCCGUUGUCGAACUCUUUCACAAGGAAACCAGUAGUCUAAAACCAGCUAAAUAGUAGGCAAAACUUAUUACAAAACAAGAAAGAAGAAAUACUAAAAAAAAAGAAAAAAAACACUCAUAUUUCGAUAAAUGUUAUUAGGAGAGAACAAUCUAAACAAAGAGUCUAAUAGCAUAAUACAAAGAAUAGAGCAAAGAUGAAAGAAAUGACAAAGUAUUUACAAUCUCUAUCCAUACAGCUUACACUCGAAAAAUAACACUAACUCAAAUCCACCAACACAAAAACACACGUCAUAACACAUAUUCAUAUAAAUUAUAGGAAAGAAGACAAGAAAAUGGCAACUUUGAAAGUGCAUGCCGUCUAUUUUCAACCUAAAACCAGCAAACUUUUUGUACGACAAACGUUAGCAAAUAUUUUACUCCAUGUGCACUGAAAAACCACGAUAACUGAACCUCUCUUUUCUCAAUUCUCAAAGAAGGCAUGACACCAGGAAUGAAAUAUUAUUUUCCACCCUAGUUUUCCGUGACAGUAGCAGCUGCAGCAAAGGGAAAACAAAUCCCACUUAAUACUAUACAACCUACAUGAAGAAUGAUAAAAGAUAAGCAGAUUAGUUGAAUAAAAGCAAACUUCAAGCCGCACACAUGUACUACUGCAAAUGGAAUUCUCCUUUUAAUGGCUCACAAUUGUGUUUUUUAUUAUCCUUUGUCCAUCAUCAUCAUCAUCACACGCUCUCCGGCAUUUCGGAUGGUUCGAAUGGUGUCAGUCCGUCCGAAAAUAAAAAAGCGGGAAAUGAAUGAAUUUUCUGUAUGCAAAAGGGUUCUCGGAAGGUCUGGGUAAACCGGGAGGGAAAUUGAUCAGGAGGGUCUUUGGGAGCUGGAACUGGAAUUAGUUUAUUUUUAGGGAAUUUGUUUGUUCCAUGGAGAAUGUUUCACUGGAGAAGUUGAGGAUAUGCUCUUAAAUUGUACUCAAGGAGUGAAAUUUAUUACAAAUGAACUAAAUUUAUGGAGUAUGACUAUCUGACCGUUAUAAUGUUUCACGCCAAUGAUCCUUAAGAGCGUCAUUUCAAAAACAGCAUUUCAUCUCAAUUUAAAAAUGCAAAUAAAACUUUCAAUUAUACACUCAUUAAAUGCAGCUUGUGGUUAAGUGUACUGAGAACUAUAUCAUUUUACCUACCGGCCGAUUACGGUGUUUGGUCGUUCUAGAGCGGUCAGUAGCACGAAGCUAUGGUAAGCUUGAAGAGCGUGGUAUAAUUCAAAGAAAAUUGUCACCAAAUGCUACAGUUGCGCUACAAUUGAAAUUAUAGUAGUACAGUAGCUUCAAAGCUCUAUUUACAGUAAAAGGUGUAUGGAAUCAAAUUGCAUUCCAAAAGUAGAUUCGCACGAAGAUUUUCUACUAAACCAUCUUAUCAUCUUCAAACUUCCUGGGAAAAAGCAAAAAUAUGUUGCUAUUCCCAUAUUUACUGCACACUUAAAAAUUCUCAAUUUUGAUGGAGACGUAAUGGAGGAAAUUGACGUAAUCGAUCAUGACACAAACAUAUGAUUUAUUUUUACGUCUUUGAACACGUGAACACAAAAACUAUCAUCGUCAAAUUCGUUUAGGAUUUGAUUGACAUAAUUUUAAGCGUGUGCCAGCAGCAUUGGAACAUUACACUUAUUUUUAAGUUUCCUGUGCCAAAAUUUUACAUGAUCCAUACCGCAAACCAACCCGCCAAUGUUUGUUUACAAUAAAACAUCAACCGACGUCGUGGCUGGCUGUGAUUCUCGAUUUUAUUUUCCGCGCUACGUUUUUUAAAUAUAAUAAACAAAUUUACUAUCUAUUUGUACCUAGAUUUGUGCAGUGGUUUAAGUGAAUAAACAUGCAGAAGGAGCGGCAUGCAGUGUACAUGCGUGGAUAUACGGUGUGUACUGUUCCAGCGGGCAACGAUAGGAAGUGUGCUGUCUCCAAAAACAGGAAGAGAACUUUCGGCUCGAGAUUUUGGUCUGGGAGAGUGCAAAACAGCAUGUUGUAAUUAAAAUUUUAUGCCCAAAGUAACGAUAAUUUAAUAAAAUAUACUGAAAUAAGAUACCUGGUCUUUAUUGUGUUUUAUAAGCAGAAAAACCUGGGGUUGGAGUUCAGAUAAAAGAAUGGGGGAAUUGAGGUUAUGUUACUGCCAAAAAGACCAAUGCAGUAAAAUUACAAACAAGCUAUUUAGAAACCGCCUCUUGUAAAAGUAAAAUCAAACAUAAUUUUGUGUCAUUUAACUCGCUGCUAUAUGUCGGAGUAAAAUGACACAAAAUUACAAGAGUUUUUCGAAGUGUGUGCCAUACCCAAAUGCAUGAAGCAUUCUCUUGGCAUUCAACAUAAGAUCUUGUACAACAUUUGGACCAACUUACUUGUGGAAAUUUAUUUUGACUCAUUUCUUUCUGCGAUGUUAUUUCCUUGAAAUGUUUUCGAAGUGUUUGUUUCGCUCCAGCACAUCUUUCGAAGCUAAAAACUAAACCUCCUGAAAAAUUCAUUCAAGAAAUCCUGGAGCAGCAAUUGAAGAAAUCCCUAAAGGAACACCCAGAAUUUCGGGACAAUUUCCGGUAAGGACUUGGGGACGAAUCUGGAAGUUAAUCAAUGAAAAUCUCUAAAAUAUAAUCUCAGGAGGAUCACUGCGAGAAAUCAUGUAAACAACUACGAGGAAAAGCCUGGAAUCCUUCUGAAAGAAAUCACAGGAAGAACUCUAUCACCAAAUAUCAGCAAUAGCUUAUUCCAGGAUUUCUGCAGAAGAUUUUCACGGAGUCUAAGCAGGAGUAAUUCCCGGGAAUUGUUCCAGAGGUUUUGCCGAUACACCUCCUGUAUUUUUCACUGGAUUCCUUCCGGAGAUCCUUGCAAAAUUUAUCCAAAAUUUCCUAAGGAAUUUCUGCCAUAGACGUUUUAAGGGUUUAAUCCCCCUAAGGGUUAAAUCCCCCUAGUAUUUCCAUUCCAGGAUUACUCCCAGAUUCUUUUUCCGAGAUAUCCCAGUUUUCCUCAGGAUUCCUUCCUAAGUUUCUCUUGAGUAUUCCGAGAAAAAACUCCUGAAAAUCCCUGCAAAACUUCGGGAGCAACCACUUAAAGAAUCCCUAAAGAAACACCUAGAAUCUCGGGACAAUUUCCGAGAAAGAUUUAGGUAAAAACUCUAGGAGUAGUUUUGGAAAAAUCUCUUAAAUACAAUCUCAGCAGCAUCACUGCAAGAAAUCCUGUAAACAACUACGAGGAGUAGCCUGUAAAAAGAAAUCGCGAGAAGAACUCCACGAUAAAUAUCAACAGUAGCUCCUCCGAAGCAGGAUAUUUUCACGGGGUCUCAGCAGGAAUGUCUCCCGGGAUUUCAUCCAGAGGUUUUCCCGAUAUGUUUCCAGCGUUUUUCUUUGUGUUUCUUCCGGAGAUCCUUGCAAAAUUUAUUUAGUUUCUUCAAGCAUUGCUUCCAGAGAGUUUUUUGGAAUUGAUUUUGGAUUUUUCCUCGGGAUUUCUCGUAGAGGUUUUCAGAGUUUCUUCUUGAAUUUCGAGAUUUAUUCAAUAGGUUUUUUGAUGAAAUCCCAAAAGGAACACCCAGAAUCUCAGAACAAUUUCCAGCAGUGUGAAGAACUCCCAGGAAAAUCUAUAGAAUAUAAUCUCAGGAUGAUAAUUGCAAGAAAUUGUGGAAACCACUAUGAGGUUGAAGCCUGGAAAAAGCCCUAAAAGAAAUCGUGAGAAGAACUCCAUGAUAAAUAACAGCAAUAGCUCUUCUCAGCUAAAUUUAUCCAAACAGUGUUUUAAAUUUUCAUUUUCAAUUAGUGAAAUUCGACGUGAAUUUUGAAAACUCUCAACCGAGGGAUCAAAAUAAAAUUCAUUUUGGUGAAUGAAUUUUCUCACUUAUUCAUUCAUUUUUCUGACAGUGACAAUUUUCACUGAGGAAUAUAACUAGACCGUAACUCCCGAUUAUACUUCCAAUCACCUCAAAACUUGUGUAUAGCAGUUAAUUAGAAUAUGUACUAAUUAUCUGCUCUAUUUGUCCAUUAAGUCGGAUUAUGCAUCUGUUAACAGAAAUUGGACAUUUUACGACGCGCGAAAAAAUAUUCGUGACAGAGAAUUGAAUGAAAAAAGAGAGGCAUUCAGCUGUCAAUGAAUGUGGGCAAACACGAAUAAAAAAAUGAAAAUGUCAAUCUUCACUUUCAAGCUUCGAUUUUUUUUACACUCUUGUCCAAAGUUUCAGAGAAUUUUGCGGGAUUUAUCUUGGUUUUUUCUUGGUAUUUCUCUUUAAGGUUUUAAGAGUUUCUUCUUGAAUUUUCCUAAUACAUAUUCCAUAGCAAAAUAACUCCUAGAUUUUUGUGCGAGAUGAUCAGUUUUUUUUUUCAGGCUUUCUCCCGAUGUUCUUCUAGAGAUUUCUCCAAUAGGUCUUUGCGGAGUUUCUCGCAACAUUUCACAUUUUGAUAUUUCUCCGAGAAUUUCUUGCAAAGACGUUUAUAGGAUAUGGCAGGAUAUAUUCCGAAAAAAAACUAAUGGAAAAUCCCUGCAAGAAAUCUGGGAGUAAUUAUUUUAAGAAAUCCCAAAAGGAAUACUCAUAAUAUCGGGACAAUUUCCAGGUUGGGUUUGGGGAAGAGCUCUGGGAGUAAUCUAGGGAUAACCUUUUAAAUGUAAUCUCAAAAGGACCACUACAAGAAAUCCUGUAAGCAACUACGAAGAAAAGACUGGAAAAUCUGUAAAAGAUAUCGUAGGAAAACAACCAAGACAAAUCCUGGAAAACUGUCCGAAUCCAAAAGGAACUCCGGAAGAAACAUCAACAAGGAACUUUAAAAGAAAUGCCACGAGAACCUUUAAAAAAUAUCCCUAUACAAGCUCCUGUAGAAAUCCCGGGAGAAACUGUAGGAGAAAUCUCACAGAAAUGUCUGGAAGAAAUUGCAGAAGCAACUUCGGAACAAAUCCCGGAAAGAACUCCAGCAGAAAAUUCAUGAAAAACCCCGAAAGAAAUUCUUGGAAAAGUUCAAGUAGAAAUCCAAGGAAUAACUGUUGUAGAAAAACUGGGAAAAAAUUCGGGAAGAUUCCAGGUUAAAUUUCAAGAUGAACGCCGGAAGGAAUCGCGGAAAAUCAUUCAAGAGGAAUCCCAAGAGAAAGUCUAGGAGAAAUUACGCGACAACAACUGAGGAAUCCUGAGAUAAAAUCCUGUGGAGAUCCCGGAAUAAAUCCUGGGAAUAAUCCCACGAAAAUGACUUUGUGUAAAACGUACGUGAAAAUCUUGCGUAGACCUCUGGGUUCAAUAUCGGGAAAACCUAGGGAAUCGCGCCACUUGGGCGGUGGCUUCUGUAUUCGUCUGUUUUCCACUAUAACUCAGUCAAAUUUGAACCAAUUGACACAACUUUUGGAAUGCGGUAAGAUAGGUAUAGUAUCUACCCGUGUACAACAUUUCAAGUCAAUUGGUUCAAAAAUGACUGAGUUAUUGUGGAAAACAGACGAAUAUAGAAGCCACCGCCCAAGUGGCGCGAUACCCUAUGUAAGAAACUCUUGAACGAAAUUCUUUAGGACUCCCAAGAAAAAACUGCUUGAUCUAGGAGCCCUGCUUUUGUUAUUGUAGCACGAUUAUCCAGAUUACUUCUGGAUUGAGUUGCUCUUCGAAUAACCAUCCAAAGGAAUCUUCGACUUUUUCACGGAACCACUAGCUUUCCUGAAGAACCUUCAGCAUGACCUUGUUCACGAUGGCGGCACACGCUAAUUAACAGCAAGAUGCGAAACGGUAACUGCGGUCCAUGUUUACUAAAAUACCCUCUCACAUCUUGCAUCAGGCGAAAUCAUGUGAACAUCCAGUAAACUUUCGGUCACUAGAUGUUCAUGAAUGUAUCUUUUUAUGUAAACAGUGUCCGCAUUUGGAAAAGAAAAGAAUAAUCAUUUCGGCGAAAAACGAAGACUGUGGAUAAAUCCAUUACAUUCCUAUUCAUACUAACAAUGGACUUAUCCACAGUGCCAGAUUUAGGCUUCGGGGGGCCCGGGGCAAACCCUAUAAAGUGGGCCCCCAAGAGCAAGAUUUUGAAGAUUUAAAACGUUUUUUUUUUCAAUGUUGUGUAUUAUUCGUAUUUUUAUAUUUUUAAUGUUUUUUUUUUGAGAUUCAGGAAAAAAACUAAGCCACACAACUAUUUUGUUCAUUCAAACUAUUAUUGUAUUAUGUAUUUUGCAUUGUUUUCAACGAUAUAGUUUUGUUGUUGUCCUAUAAAAAGUGUACUUCUAACAAUGCAGUUCUCAAAUAUGUCGACAUAUUAUUCAAAUAAAGAAACAAGUUACAAACACUUAUUUUAAUAUUUUUCCAAAAAACAUCAAGAUGCUGCAUUCAAAUUUGCAGCAUAAAUGUCAUCUUAUUGAGAUAGGCAUUUAACAUUAAACAUUUAUUCGAAUUCAUUCAUUUUUUGCACAUUUUAGGACUAAGCGUUCAUUUUAACACAUAGGAAUGUGGAGAAAUUUUCAUUACAAUUGCAAUAUUCUUCGUGUAUUUGAAGAUUCAGGUUGAACAAAGUUAGUAUCCCAGGGAGCAACUUUGGCAAUAAAUUAAUAAAAAAAUGACAGUGAAACAGAUGUGUGAAUCCACUGUUCUGAGAUGUUUCAGGAAACUAGAUUUUCAAAACUAACCCAAAUUUAUCAGGAAUCAUUAUCUUCUAUUUCCCAUGAUAACAUCUGUCCUCAAUGAGCUUGUGCUGAUGUAUAUUAAAAAGUUGUUUUCAGAAUAUGAUCGUAAUCAACAGACCGAUCAAUAAGUUUUGUUUACAUUACGCCGAAAAACUUAAUCUUUCAACGCACUCUGUUUAGAGACGCUUUUGUGCAGUAAUUUUCACAUAAAUAAGUUUUUCUUCUAAACUUAAUAAAAACUUUCUAGAAGUUUUACAAAAACUCGCGUAUAGCAAAAUAAAACAAAAACUUCGUAUUUCUUAAUUGUUGAAUACUGUCAUAUCUCUCUAGAGCUGAAUUUGCUGCAAUCAAGCAUUUAAAUCAAUCCCUCAAAAUCAUAAUUCUGGAAAACACACUGAAACUCUAAACAUUUGAAUUGUUAAGUAAUUAAAAUAUUUUUUUUCAGCUUAAUCGAAAGAUAAAAAUUAUUGUUUCAAAACAUAAAUUGACAAAACAGACAAACAGAAUUGCAGCUCAUAUCGAAAAAUAAAAAAAUCCCACAAAAAACUUUGAAUCCAAUCUGCAAAUAGUUCCAAGGCUUCUAAAUUAUGAAAUAUUGUAUUUCGAUUUCAGAUUAUGAAAUAAUCUGGAUACCCUUAAAGAACCCAAUUAUAACAACUCUAGGACAUACAAUAAAUACAAUCGCCUUUUAUGUGCAUUUUUAUGAAUUCGUUAAACAUAAUAUAUAGUGCUUAUGGAUUCUUGGGGGACCCCCUAAUUGGGGGGCCCGGGGCACUUGCCCCCUUUGCCCCCCCUUAAAUCCGGGCCUGCUUAUCCACGAUCUUCUUUUUUCCCGACUUUGUUCUUCUUUUCUUCUGAGACGAACCAGCCAAGGGCUAAAUCAAUCAAUCUUUUCAUCUGCAAAUGUUGGCAUUGUUUACACAAAAUGACACAUUCAUGAUCAUCCAGCGACCGAAAGUUCACUGGAUGUUCACCGGAUGCAGGAUGCGAGCAGUGAUUUUUGUCAACACGACCUGCAGUUACGGCUUCACAUCUUGGCUGUUUGUUGGCGUGUGACGUCAUCGUGGACAAGUUCAUAAACUUGUCAUCUUAAUCUGUUAACGCUCAAUUUAUCUCACAAUUUGAAUCUUCCGAUAAGGCUACUCUGAUUUUUACAUAUUUUAUCAAUGUUCUUAGAAAUAUCCCCAGGUAAAGGAUUUGAAAAUUGAUUAAAUUGUACACUCAGGCAAAUAAACCUAAGAUUAUCAUAAGGUCUAACUUAUGAAACGGCCUUUAAACAAUUCAUAACGGCUAGAAUAAAUUUCAUAAUGUCGGUUUAUGGCGCAUAAUCGACUCACAGUUUGGCUUUUAUACACAUUUAGCAACACGAAAUUUUCAAGCUUCGAUAGCCGCGUGGGUUGGGCACGAGCUCAGUGAUCUCGACGUUCAUGGAUCGAUUCCAGUCUGCAUCAUUUUACAAUUUUUCUGCUCUUUUCAUAAGUUUAUCUUAUGUAAUUAGGUCAUAAUAAGCAUGUUCAAUUUUCAUAAGGCAUUCUUAUGGCAUCCAUACUUUACAGUAAUGGCUAAAUUUCAUAAGGGAUUUUGAUAAAUUUCGGUAGUUUACUUCGCUGAGUGUAUAAAAUAAAACAACAGCCCAAAAAUGGUUUCCAAUUUUCAAUCAAACAUUAGUUCCGAAUUUUCUGCGAUGUUACCAAAAAUUUUCUGCAAAAUUUCCCGCAAGAGAUUUGGGCAAAAUAUUCUGAACUGUAACAUAGAUAACAAUAAAUGAAUUGAAUUGAAAUUUCAUCACGAAAUUCUUUAUAAUUUUCAUCUUAGAAGAAAGUUAGAAGAAGUUAUGUAUGUUUGUUGUUGCUACCUGCCACCUGCCACAAGAUAUACAAAUGUAAAAUGGUUCUUUGCAGAGGAAGACCUCACUUAAUAACUUUGGAAGCGCUAACAGAUUACUUAGCUGAGAAGCAGGCAAAAAUAACUAAAUGUUUAAUAUCUUUAAUUUAUUCAGGAAUUGUUAAAAGCUUGAAGCAAAGAGUCAUCAUUAUAGACCAUUGUCUAUAUUGCAUACAGAAUGAUGUAUUCGGAUAUUAUUGCAUCCAGAGAAUUCAUUCAUAAACUAUCCCUUAUUGACGGAUCAAUUUACGAUUAUUCAUUGGAUACUGUCAGCCAUUGAACAAGCAUUCAUAUUAACGAAACGAAGGCUCCCUAUGGUUUUAAUUUCAGAUGGAAUAAACACAUUUCCAACGCGCUACCGACCGAACCAUUGAACUCAACUGACGGAACUGAAUGCAUCCAUACUCGCGAAGUAUACCCCAUACGAAAACAAUAGUCAAAAACAUUCGACAUUGCAAGGAUCUUUUACUUGAAAGUGAAAUAAGUAUAAUUAAUAAGCCUUUUCACUGCAUUGAAUGCACGACUUAAGCGAAGAAAUUUUAAAAAGUAGGCAACGAAAUGAUUCGAUACUUUCCUGCAGAUUUUAAUUUUGUAAAAAAGGGAUUCGCAUGAUCCGUAAAAAUCACACACAAACAUGACAUUAACCUAAAUGGCCUUCAUCUCAUGAAUCUAGUCCCAAAUCUCGAAGAUGUUAAACCCAUCCAGCCUUUUCAGAUAGUUAUUGUUAUAAAGUUUCGGUUACCAAGAAAACUAUUCUUAUCAGCGUUCUAAACUAACGCUAAUCGAAGCAGUUCUCGUUCUCUCACAGUAUUCGAUAGCUCUAUUCGAAACAUAAUUGGAUAAAAUCGGCCAGGUUUUAAGAUUAAGCAUAUUUUAAAUGAUUGAAAACUUAAAUCUGUAGUACACAUCACACCCCAACCUCAUAUUUGAUCGAGAAAGAUGUGGGCUAGUUUCACGCACAGAGAAGAAGUAGACCUGAAUCGAAAUUCGAAUUUCACGCAUUGUUGAAUUUUUGUUUUUUAGUAUUUUAUCACAUGAUUCAUUCAUAGAUGGACUAAGAUUUCAAACGAACUAUAUAUGAUAAAUAAAUCCUAAUGAUAAAAUGCUGGUGUAUUACGAUAGAUUGGGUAAGUAUUGUCGGAUCUCGAAAGGAAAAUAGCACUAGAUUAAACAAGAAUUCCGCACUCGAUUUCAAAGAUAUUUAUUGCCACGUUAAUUCGUACAACCUCGGUGUCCGGCGAUCAACACUCUUCUGUCUCGCUAAAUGGAAACCCAUCCACUCGUCGUCUCGUAUAUAAGGGUAUCCAACUGUGCCACUUCUACAAUUCCUUUUAUACAGGGUCGGAGUUAGGCUCGACCCGACAAGUAUAUUUGUGGAACCCAUUAGAAGUGGCUAAAAAGUUGUGAGACGAGUGAUACUCUCUUAAAGGACUAUAAGUAUAUGAUAGCAUAUACCCAUUCUGAUGACAUGUGUCCAGUCAAUCAUGUGAGUGCUUUUAAAACUGUUUUAAAAAACAAUACUCUAGUUUUACUUUUGGUCAUACAUAUGUCAUUUACUUUUGGUCAUACAUAUGUCAUUCCAAAGAUCCAAAGCUUGUAAGUAUUGUUGUUGAUAAUUUUGAGAACAAAUGUUGACUCACACUUAUUACAUUGAUCCUCUAAUUGUCUGCAAUUUAAGGGGGAUGUGUUGGAUCGUCAUUGAAACUCCACAUGUUCAUGACAGAAGGGCCCAUAUAAACACUGCUGUAAAAGCGUGGGUAUUCAGCGUGACCAUGCCGAGGGUGACAGGUUCGAUUUUCGGUCGGUUCAGGAACUUUUCCUAAAAUAAAUUUCCGUGGCUUCCUUGGGCAUAGAGUAAAUUUAAAUUUAAAGAUUUUCCCCGGAGAUUCUUUUUUUUUCUUUUUUUUUUCUGGGAUUUUCUGCCGUAGGCAGGUUCAUCCCGGGUCGUGAAAAACAGGACGAGCCAGAGGGGUUCGCCUGGGAAAGCUACAGAGGUGAUUCUUAAAACUACUUCAUAUGACGUUAUUCGAACAGAGUAUCGUUAACAGAGUAUGGUUAUGGACUACACAAAGACAGCUUAAAAAGAAACUAAAAGACGAAAAAAAAGGUUUCCAUAUAGUGACGGUUGCCCCGGAAUUCUAUUCUAUUCUAUUGAACCGGAGCUCCAUAUUUCGGUAAUGGCGUCUAGUACUUGCAACUUGAUACAAUACGAUAAUCGUCGUCGUAGCAUUUGAUAGCCGAUGUUAUCUGCUCCUACUGACGUCUCGAUCGAUUGUAUCAUACGCCGAUUUAAAAUCAAUGAACAAGUGAUGUGUGGGCACGUUGCAUUCGCGGCAUUUCUGCAACACCUGGCGGAUGGCGAACAUCUGGUCCGUUGUAACGCGUUCAUCCACGAAUCCAGCCUGAUAUAGCACCACGAACUCUCUUGCAAUUGGUCAUAGACGGCGGCAUAAAAUUUGAGAGAGUCUCUUGUAGGCAGCGCUCAGUAGUGUGAUCACGCAAUAGUCCCCACAAUCCAGAUUGUCGCCGCUUUUGUAGAUGGGACACACGAUACCUUUAUCCAUUUCUCCGGUAAUACUUCAUCUUCCCAUAUCUUGGUAAUGACCCAGUGUAGUGCUCUCACCAGUGCUUUUCCACCGUAUUUUAGAAGCUCGCUUGGUAGAUCUGCUGCAGCGGCUUUGUUAUUCUUUAACUUGCCAACCUCCUUCUUAUCAUUUAGAGGUUGGGAGCCGGAAGUCUUUCGUUCUGCGCAAGAACUCCUAGAUCUGUAACCAUAUCACCUUCGGCGCUUACAACGCGUUGCAACGUCGCCAUUGAAGUGCUCAUCGUAAUGCUGCCGCCACCCCUCGACCAGAUUCCCGUGAUUGUCUCGGUACAUGUGCCCUUAGAUGCUGCCACCCUUUUUUGAUACGCUUCUCUGGCUUCCGGAUACGAUAGUCCUUCAUCUACUAUGAUUCCAAUGAUUUCCACUUCUCUUUUAUAUACGGUGACCAGAGGCCACUCCUUUUCUGCAUUUCACUUCAAAGCAUUUUCAAGACAGUUGAAGUGUAGAAAGGCCUCUUCGGGAUGCGUUGCAGACCAAGUUUGUUGUGCUUCGGGGGAACGGUCCCUUUGCAUGUCAGUAUUAUAAUUCCAAUGUUCUCCACAUUACCAUCUUGGGUGACUCGACGGGCUUCUGUCACGUUUUGCUUUGCAAGGUAAUUUUCGAUUUCUUUUUAAUCCGUGUCGAUCAUUCCUCGAUUUUGUUUCUUCAGUUCUUCAAUGUGAACUCGUCUAUCCCAUUAAAAAUACCCCCAAAAUAAUUAGCAUACGAAUGAAAUACCGAACAGAAUAAAACAAAACACAAUGCUACAAUCAAUCGGGAUACCAGCAUCGUUACUACCUACUAAACAUGCAUGAAAAGUGAAUCAAAGAUUCUCCAUGCGAGUGUGUCUGAACCUAAAUGUGUCUAACACUUUUCUUAUGUUUGAACAACGUGUUGCCUUCAUUUUCUUACAUAACCUAUCUAAAGUGCAACCGUCAAUACAAAUAUGAACUUGGGUGACCAAAAAUGAACUCUUUUGUCACGAAACUUCUUAAUGUUCCAAAUCACAUUGAGAAUUGAAGCAUAAGUGAUUUUUCAUUGCACAGCAAAAAAAUAUGAAAGUUAAACAGCACGUAAAUUGAAGAUCAACUGAAAUUUGCGACAGAAAAAUGUAAAUCGCUAACAUUCAACGUCAGCCGAGCAGUCCGCUGCUGGUCAGGCGGCUUGUUUACAGAUUUUAAAGCAUAUUCGCUUUAAAUUUACAUGCAUCUGCUAUAAACCAUGCCAGCCACUCUCCGUCGUCAGCUAAAGAACGGCUGCUCGCAGCUGUGGCGGUUUCUCCGUUGUCUCUCUCAGUACUCUUUGCAGCAGUCGGAGCAUGUCGGGAAUGCGUGCAUUAUGGUAGAAGCAGUUUAACUUUGACUUGCUGCUAUUCAACAAGCUGAGACAGCCGAGAGAGCUCGGGCGUGCUACUCACACCCCAAGGAUCUGAGUUCAAUUCUCACUCGGAUCUCAAUUUUUCUAUAUAUUUUCUAACAGAUAUCUGCAAUGUAAUUUUAAGAUCGCACAAAAAUUUCCAUCAUAUAUGACGGGGUCCUUUUGUUACAUUCGAUCCGUCAUAAUUUUACAGGUUUUUUUCGAACUGUGUGUGAUAAGAGCAAAGAAUUAGUUUAGUUGCAAAACAGUGCACAAUUAUGGUCACCCAAAUAUUGACGUAGAUAAAAUCACUCCUCUACCACCAUUUUUCAAACAUGUCUGAUUAAGGGACCAGUCUUUUAAGUUUCGCCAUUGCUCAAACCAAAAAACAAACGAAGUUGAACUCUACUGAAUAGAGCCUACAUAGCAAACCAUUUGCCCCACCCAAACAUACGAUGCAAAAUUUUCGAUGCCCCACCACCUACUGGUAAUAUAGAAAUCCGGAAAAAACGAGCAAUGGCGGCGUAGCUUAGCAGUAAGGUGCCAUUAUCAGCUGAAUUUGGGAUCAUAGCUUUAUUAAGAUAGGUUUAACGAACACUACUACUGAAGUUGAAUUGAGGUAGAUGCAAUACGACCGGAUAAAUUCGGUGUUUGCGCAAAAAAUGAAAAAUACAAAUUAAGGGAACUACCUAUAAAUAACAGUUUCAGAAUUAGACGUAAGACAAGAGGAGAUCGUGACCGUGUUUAGCUUUGGAUAUUCCUACAGUAGUAUCGAAAUAAUGCAGCUGCUCCGGUAAGAAACGAGCGGAGGCUAUUGUGCUAGAAGUAGUGAACAAGCGAUGUCAGUAGAAUGUGUACAUAUUACUAGUUAAUAAUAAUAAUGUAAAAGAAGUUUCACCCUCUGGUAGGGAUGAGCAUGUCUAAAAAAGAAAUAAUAAAUUUAGCUGAACUAUUGAAGUUGGACAAUGUCAUAGGAAGUCAGUAGGACCAUUACGAGAUUGAAGCAAACAGUACACCAAAUAUGCACCGGAUUGAAAUUUGAGAUUUGAAAGCACAAGGUACUUUUAUAGAAAUGGUAACCUGUUCAUAUACGAAUGAGAUGGAUCAAGUGACAAACAGCAAACAAAAAUGAACUAAAACCAACUAAAAGACUCACCUUAAAUGUAACACUGUAGCAGAACUGCGUGUGCACGGGCCAAGGGUAUCUCCUUCCUACAGUGACCCUACUGCCAUUCCUUUGUGCUGAAAGUGAAGAAAUAUAAAACCCUUUCAUCAUUCAAGCUCACUCUGAUCAUCGCACCAUCCCGCAGGAAAAAGAAAAUCAUAACUAGUUUUAUGCAUCCGCAAGCUACAACUAAUAAGAUGAGAAAAACAACUAGCGAGAAGACAGGACAACCAAUUGAAUCGACAGAAGCAUGAAAAAGGUUUGUACAACUCUUCAGAAUAAAUAAUAAAUCGUAAUGAAGUGAAAACAAGUCAGACAAAGAAAAAAAAAACACAAGCAAAAAAAACAGUAGCAAACAAGACGGUCCUCCGUUAUGGUAUCCGUAAUCUACUACCGCUCUUUUAUCUUUAUAUAUUUUUCCAACUAUGUACCUAUAUUUACGCUGUUUCGUCAACUGCAAUGAACACUCACUCUUCUGUAUAUUUGAUAAAGGAAAGAUGAUGAAUAAAACUUCUAUUUCAAUCAGA